CCUGCGUUCCCGGAUGUUGGUUCCCUAAGUUGGCCUCCAACUGCCCCUAAAGCGCCACAAAGUACCUAGUGUGUCACGUGAUUAGGGAGGUUCUUUCCCUGUGUUGUGGGCCACUCAACGACCCAUGUGCUCGCAGUGACACGAAACCACGUGCUUGCAACGCCGCGAUGGCAUCUAUAAAUACGACUGCUCGCCGUUCUCUUGUUCUUGCCUACUCCGCUUCGGAAUGGCGCAGGUCUGUUAUCGAGCUGCCAUCGGCGAUGACGAUCGUCGCUGUGAAUUUUGCAGCAAACUAUUCACCCAGAGGAAGAACAUGCUGCAACACAUCAGGAACAUCCACAAAGUGGCCGUGGAUGUCAAGAAAUUGAUGAAAUGCGACGUAUGUGGCACUGCCGUGCCUACAAUGGAGAAGUAUUCGGAGCACCACAUCGCUGCGCACAACUUCGACGCUGAGUACGCGCACAUGGUGUUCCGGAACGAUAAGGAAUUUAAUGAAUGGAAAGCAAGAGAAGAGGCUAGUCAGAACUGCUGGUUCAUUUUGCCAAGGGGUGCCAAAAAGCUGGCCAGUGGAGAUACAAGGAUUCACUAUUACUGUAAUAGGUCAGGCGAGGCGAGGAAAAAGGAAGGUCAUGGUGACCGUCGGGAGAAAAGUCAGGGAAGCUGCAGGUCUGGUAAGGUGUGUCUUUCAUUUAUUACUGUCACAAAGGAGGACAGCACUCGGAGUCGGACACCUGAAGGCACCACCAUAAAAGUCAGGUAUCAAAGAACCCAUUAUGGUCAUAAAGCAGAAAUUCAGCACUUGAGAAUGAGUGACAUGGAAAAGAUCAGCAUAGCAGAGGACCUAGAACGAGGUGUGCCCAUGAAAACCAUCCUAAAACGAAUAAGAACAUCUGUUGCCGCCAAGCUGAGGCCAAUGCAUUUGGCAGAGCGCUCAAGCCUUCAUAACAUCAAACGGCAGUUUAGCAUUGCUGCUCCUGAGCGUUGUCAUGCUAAUGAUGCUGUCAGUGUAGACACGUGGGUGCUUGCAAUGAAAGAAAAAGGUGAAGCACUUGUCCGCCUGUACAAGGCACAAGGUGCAGUAGACCCAAGUGGUACAUUUUCUUCAGCAGAUUUUGCUCUUGUUCUAAUGACAGAGCCUCAGAGGGAGCUACUAGAAGAAUUGGGCCCUGCAGGAACUGUAUGUCUUGACUCCACACAUGGCACUACAGGGUACCAGUUUGAGCUGACCACUCUUCUGGUGCUAGAUGAAGUAAGAUCAGGUGUACCUGUAGCUUAUUUCAUCUGCAACCGCAUGAAUGAGCUAACUCUUACAGCAUUCUUUAAAUCUCUGGAGUCUGCCAUGGCCAAAAAAGUGGCUGCUAAGACAUUUAUGUCUGAUGAUGCCUCGCAAUUCUACAAGGCAUGGUCCACCGUCAUGGGUGCCCCCAAACAGAAACUUCUCUGUGCCUGGCAUGUGGAUAAGAAUUGGCGUAAGAAGAUACAUGAGUGUGUGGAGAAGCAGCUGAGGCCAUUUGCCUACCAUAGGGUGCGGCUACUUUUAGAAUUACCUGGGGAAAAGGAAUUUAAUUACUAUCUUGAAAAAUUCCUUGCCGAUGAGAAAGAAAAACUGAAGGACUUCGUGAAGUACUUCAAAGACCACUAUGCAGUUAGGCCGCAAGAGUGGGCCUAUUGCUUUAGGAUUGAUGCAGGUGUCAACACAAACAUGCACCUUGAGAGCAUGCACAGGACGUUAAAGCAUAGUAUGCUGGAGGGAAAGCAGAACAAGCGUGUUGACAAACUAAUUUCCGCCCUCAUGGACUUGACAUAUCAUUUUUUAAUGAAGAGAGCAAUCUGGAUGAUAAAAGGGGCAAAGGGUAAGAAGUUGAGCACAAUUGCGAAGAACCACAGGUCUGGCAGGGACAUGGCAGCAUGUGCCAAAUUGAACGAAGAUGGCACAUGGACUGUGCCAUCUCAGUCUAUUAAAGGGCUCUCGUAUAAAGUGUCAAAAGUGGGAGAUGGUGCUUGCUGUCAUUUGAGGUGCAAGGAAUGCGCAGUGUGUGUGCAUACUUACACGUGCACUUGCAAUGACCAUCUUGUACACUGCACAGUGUGCAAGCACAUUCACUGUGUGGUCAUCGCUAAUCCAAUCAGCAGUGACAAGAGCCAUGAGAGCUCACCCGAAGAAUCAUGCGACACAAACCAGGCACUGCACCUUGUGCAGAGUAUAACAAAGCUGGAGGCAGCCAAAGCAGUGUCAAGCUCGGCACUCUUUACAGCGAAAAUGGAGUCAGUCAGACAAGCAAUAUCAGAUGGUGAAGUCUCCGAGGAAGUAGCUAAAAAGGCAAACAAGUUGUUUGAGCCAGUCUUCGCGCUUGUUGAAAGUGACCGAAAAAGAAAGAUGCCAGAUGAUUCGAAUGAACCGGCCAACAAAAAAGUUGUGCACCAAUUAAGAUUUCACUCUACAAGAAACCCUAGAUUGUCCCAGCCAUCAUCUAGCCUUUCAAGGCCCACUGAAGCUCAAAAGGAAGUCCUUAAACUGCAGCUUAUGGACAGCAACAUAGAAACUGAAGAGAUAACCACGUCAGCAGGGCACGAUUACUGGUAACAAGCCUGCAGUGCAGUGAGGAAGAGAGAAGUGGUGCAGUAGUGUUGUGCUGGCAUGCCUUAUUGAAGCAGGUUGAAGGCUCGCAUGCUAACAAGUCGUGACCAUCUGUUCUUGUCUGUGGUGUGCAGCCAUAUGUCACAGCUGGAUGGUAUGUGUGUUAGAGCACGAGAGAUGCCUCCAUGCUUGUCAUAUGAGCUGCUGGUAAGUAUGUCUGUGACAAUAGGUACAGACCCAGAGCUUGUCUCUGGUAUGUGGCUAUGUGGCAGCUACUGGAUGGUACGUGUGUUAGAGCACGAGAGGUGCCUCCAUGCUUGUCAUAUGAGCCGCUGGUAAGUAUGUCUGUACUGUGUAAAUAAAUGUAAGAAGUGCAUUUUAUGGCGUGUAAUGUUUCAGUGUGCGAAAGCCUCCAAGGUGUUUUGCAACUUACAAAUUCGUGUAAUGCUUCUUGGCACAGUGGUUAUGGUGUUGCAUAUCUGAGCUCGAGCUUGCGGGUUCAAUCCUAGCCAAGGUGGCUGCAUUUCAGUGGUAGUGAAAUGCAACAAAAAACACUUGUGUAUUUAGAUUCACGUGCACGUUACAGAACCCCAGGUGGUCAAAAUUAAUGCCAGAGUCCCACACCACGGCAUGCCUCAUAAUUAGAUCUAGAUUUUGUUCAGUGCGAUUUUUUUUCACUGCCUAUUUGAAUAAUCUUUCACUUUUCAGAUUCCAAAAAAUAGAGGGUGCCUGCUGUGGUGUUGUAUGCAGUCUGUGGAAAAUUUGCUCUGGUCGUGAGCACUCGGUUAAAUCUUCUGCAGACAGGUGUCAUAAUGAUUGAAAAGACUAUGCAGAAAACUUUAGGCCACUUUAUAUAUUAAAUCGGUUAUAUAUAGCAUCUCUUAUGGUGGGGGGGCAUCUCUAACUUGAGUAGGCAUAACAAUUGGCAAUGCUUGCUUAUACAUGUUUAAAUGUUUUUUUCCUUUUUUAUCGUUACUACUUCUUGGAAGAAUAACCUACAACAGUGCCUCUACCUUCUCCUUCGCUGUCUCCCCAUGUCUUUCCUACACUUCAACUUUCCUCACUCGACGCACUAACUUAUUCUCCUCGUCAUCCCACAUUGAGGGUGCAGGAGAGUGAGCUAAGCGUACAUAAACUCUGCUGAGUUUGCGACACUGACGAAGACGCAAAUCUUUGUUGAAGUGUUCGCUCCAGCUACAUUCCUCUUCCAAAUACUGUUUAUCACUUCAAGCCUUCAUAUUACUGUGAGCUUCUGUCUUGUUUAUCAACAGCCAUAACUGUUGGACAAAUAAAGUUUAUUCCUAUCCUGUCUUGUUUAACAGUUCUAAUGGUCAUACUAUUUAUUACUGUCAAUAACCAGCGUACAUUUAGCACUGCAACGUGCUGUUUACAAGCUGUGCUAGUUUCCACUUCCCUUGUGAUAACUACUCCUUUAUGAAAAGCUUUCAAAUAUUGCCAAUGAUGACCACUGCCUUGACAACCACUAUAAGUAUUAAUGUCGGCAUGGGACUGAGGCUUUUCCAUGAAAAGAAAAGCUAUCGCUUGCUCAUAUUACGUGGCUGACACAGUUUUACCUGUAAUUGUAAUUG